CUCAGUAGACAUUCGUAGUGCACAGCAGACGUUGGAGCUGGCGCUAUCUCAAGAGAUAUUUCAUUUUUGGGGUCGCUCGCUGCGGCUAAAACUGAUUGUGAUAAAAUAGCUACAGUGGAAGAAAAAGCAGCGUGAUUAUUCUUUUCCGCUUUCGGAGGAUUAUCUGUUUCUUUGGAAAUUUCGAACCUAACAUGUGUUACUUCUGUCUCUCUACACUGAACACGUUCCUUUGCCUCUGCGAUGGUCGCAUUUCACGCUAAGCCGGUUUUCAAAAAAGGAACGGAAAAGCGCCGUCUGCCUGCUCGGCUGGAGGUAUAUUGAUUUUCCAAAUCGACGGAGGAGACAAUGCUGCGAGCGAAAGGCUCUUUCGUGGGCACCAACGGCGCCGGCGCCGCGAAAACGGCCCAUCGCAAGUCAACAGGGUCCACAGCUGAUGAGGACCCGUGGGUGGAGGCUUCCACUUUCAACCCCUGGGAGUGGCAGCGGCCCCCAAAGACCCCAGACGAUAAUGGUGACCUGUUGAUCUCCGAGGCCGCUGGAUUCUCGCUGCUCAAACCCUUUUCCAGCAUCCUCCAUUCUUUCCGGCGAAAGGUCACCAGCAACCAGAAUAUGGGCAACUUACAGGGUGGUUCAGCGAAGAAUAAUGCUGGUGGGAAACCCCCGUCUGGAAUAGGGUCUGCGAGUCCUGGAAGAAGCAGAAGCAAGUUGUUCCUUGGAAAUCGGGGCAAAUCUCCAGCUAAAAACCAAAAGGCAAAACACGCAGCAGAGUCAGCGGAGAACCCUGAUCAGCAGCAGCAGGUGCCGGCAGCGUCAGGUGCGCCAUCUGGCGAGGAUGCGUCCGUGGGAGGCGCUGAACAGGUAGCUUCUUCGGCAGCAGUCGCGGGCCAAGCCAGGCCCGAACAGCAGCUGCAGCUGGCGAGCCGCGAGUCGAGCGCAGAUUCGCUGUUCUCCGACCCUUUGACCUCGCCGGUGGCCGCCGCAGCCACCCUCGCGCCGCACCAGGGAGGAAGCGUGGCCAGCAGCUACCACUCCGAUGCCGGAGAGGCCAUGCUCGUGUCCAACGCCGCCGUGCCAGCACCCCCGGACGAGCGACCGCCCCUGGUUGCCGCCUCCACCCCUGACCUGACGCCGGCAACCUCGCCAGGGCAGGACCUGCUCUCCGAGAUCCUCAACUGCUCCAGCGAGCUGAUGAGCAGGAGCUUCACGGCCAACGCGGCCACCACCGUGUCCGCAGUGCCCGGAAACGUGUCCGAAGAGACAGGGCUGCCGGCCAGAACCGCCUCCGCCGGCGCCUUCACCCUGGUCAGGCACAAGAAGGUGGAGCUCUCGCCCCUCACCACCGAGCCCGCAGAGGUCGUGUCCACUGCGGAGAGUGGGCAUGUUGCGCCUUUACCAGGAUAUAUCCGCAGCUUGAAAUAUGAUGGUCGAUUUUACGCCAAGUCAAAGCAGCGUGGCGAUGAGGCGUCGCAGCCCCUCCGACGCCUCGUCUCCAUGUCCGACGUGCCGCCCGAGAGCAACGUCCUCAGGAAGGUGGCCAGUCUCACCCUGGACAGGGCGACCAUCGAUCAGAGGGUGGCCAGGCCCAAGAACAUGCCGCAGAAGCUCGAGUACCAGAUUUACGAGAAGUUCGAAGGUCAAAUGCUCAUUAACUGGUUCCUGACCGCUUUCGGCGAGGAUCACUACCUGCGUCUCCUGCUCACCCCGCAGGAUUUGCGCAUCCUGGUAGCGCAGUUUGCGACACACAUGUUGGUCGCCGGCGUGAUCAAGCAAAUCGUGGACAAAGACGCACCUUUGGAAAAUCUCUUCAGGCCUGACCUGAUGUACUACUGGGCCCACUCAGAAACCCCAGCCAACAUGCCAUGUACACCAGGCAGGCUGCCCAGUGCUGCCUGGCCGCCGGCCCUACCUGACAUCCAAGCCAUCCAACCAGCCGUCUCGAAACCUGGUGCAAGAUACUCUGAAGCUGAUUUAAGUGAAGGUGGUAUGGCAAAAUCGAAGGGUCCCCCUGACUAUUCUGCUUCAUUGCCUGCAACUCCCAUUGGAGAUGUUCUUCCUAAGGGCCCAGAGUUCCAACAAGUAGUGAUUGGUCUCAAGAGAGAGCACAAGGAUAGUCUAGAGCGCCUAUCGCGCAGUCAGGAGCUUUCCACCUUCAACCUGCGUGGAGAGUACGCUGAAAAGUUGGCAGAGGCAGAGGAAAAAAUUCAUAGGUUGGAGGAAAUGAUUGAAUCUCUAAAACAAGAGGUUGAGCGUUAUAAAACCUUAGCUGAUAUUCAGCAACUGACUCAGAGUGCACAAAUGGACUUUGACUCUCCAAAGGUGGAGCAAAGGCCAUUGCCGGGCGAUUCUGCGGCAAAAUCUCCAAACCCCACCAAUUCUAGUCCAGAGGCCGAAGAAAAAGAGCGAGAAUCGCCGACCGAAAAGAACUCCGUCAGCAGUGCCUCAAUUUUGGAAAAAGUGGAGUCUCCAGUACCUGAAUCUCCUGCUGUGCAAGUUCCACCUACCCCGUCACCUGUCCCACCACCGCCGCCGCCACCACCUCCUCCACCCCCAGCUAGCGAUUUCGCGCCUCCUCCUCCCCCGAUGCCUCCCUCAUUUGGACCACCCCCGCCGCCUCCUCCUCCUCUACCACCCGUAAUGGGGCCUCCACCGCCUCCACCUCCUCCACCACUUUCGGGAAUGACGCCUCCGCCACCUCCGAUGCCCUCUGGGGGCCCACCGCCGCCUCCACCCGCUCCAGGAAUGGGUCCUGCUCCUCCACCAUUACCAGAGGGUGCCUCGUCAGGUUUGCCACCUUCGUUGCCGCCUCCACCACCUGGAGGCUGGGCUUCAAACCAAGCAAUUUUACCAGGACCUGUUACUGCCAUGAGGAAAGCGCCGGUCAAUCCUCCGAUUCCUAUGAAGCCUCUCUACUGGACCAGAAUCAUAGUUCCCGAAAAUGCUCAAAUACCAGCUCAAGCCUCCCCUCCACCAUCUCCAAGCUCAGAACCCGCUAAGUCCCCAACCGCUCUAUGGUUAAAACUCGAGGAAGCUAACAUCGAGAGUCUCAACGAAUUCACAGACCUUUUCUCCAGGCAAAUUGUGGAGAGGAAGCCAGCAAAGAAGAAACAGGAGAGGCCACUAAAAAUGGAGGCAGUAAAGAUUUUGGAUGGAAAGCGAUCUCAGCGAGUUGGAAUUUUAUCGUCAAGUUUGCACCUUGAAUUUCCUGAAAUAGAAAAUGCUAUAUAUCAUUUUGAUACCUCGGUUGUGAGCCUUGAAGCCUUACAACAAAUUUACGAAGUGAGAGCCACAAAUGAAGAGUUAGAAUCAAUUAGAGACCACGUAAAGAACAAACCCGACGUUCCCUUAGACAAACCUGAACAAUUUUUGUACGAGCUAUCUGAGAUACCAAAUUUCGCAGACAGAAUCUCCUGCUUCAUGUUCCAGAACGAGUUCGAUAACGCAAUCAUAAAUUUAAGCAGCAAAUUAAGCAACAUUUCCUCCACAUGCGAACUCCUUAUGUCGUCUGAGAGUUUGCAAUCCGUACUCAGCAUUAUUUUGGCGCUGGGUAAUUAUAUGAACGGAGGCAACAGAGCUAGAGGACAAGCUGAUGGUUUUGGUCUAGAGAUUCUUCCAAAAUUGCGUGACGUGAAAAGCAGAGACAACAGUAUCACGCUCCUCCACUACAUCGUAAUGAUUUAUAUGAAGCGUCAGGAUUCUACCAAAGUUUUGGAGAUGCCUGUGCCAACUCCAGAGCCCGGUGACAUAGACCGGGCGGGUCAGGUCGAGUUUGAUGACGUUGAAUUGGAGCUAAAAAGACUCAACAAGGAACUCGACAUCUGUCAGAGAAAAUCGGACCGCGUUAUAAUUGCUUCGUCUGAAGAACAUUUGCAGCCCUUUAAAGAAAAAAUGGAAACCUUUUUAGAGAAAGCUCGAAGACAAUGGUCUGAUGAAAAUGAAGCGCUAGUGGAAGCCAAAUUAAAGUUUAGUACGGUCAUGAAGUUCUACCAGUUUGUGCCAAAGGGCGUCAAACUGCAGGAUGCGGCGCCCAAAGACUUUUUCAUUUUCUGGUCACCUUUCUGCAAGGAUUUUAAAGAUAUCUGGAAGAGAGAGCAGACAAAAAUGAUCAAGGAAAAGAUCCAGGAGGCAAAGAAGAAGCAGGAGGAAAAGAAAACCAAGGUGCAAAAGAUGAAGAAGGGUGAGGGUGGUUUGAAAGCCAAGUUGAUGAAAAGAGGACUCAAAACCGACCCCAGUGCUAAUCACUGAUCAACAAAGUUGCCUUAACAGUCAGCUACAGUAUUUCUUACAACCAGAGAAUGAUUUUAGUCAAAGCAAACUCAAAGAUGAUACAUUCGCCUUUUAUCGUUAUUUAUUUCUCACCAGAUGUGAAAACAUAUCCUUUUGUGAUCGAACAUUUUAUUUCGCACAUCUGGUUUUACUAUAUAGCUGCUAGAACUUACAAUUUUCGUCAUGCAAAGGCAUAAUUUUUUAUUAAAUGUUUUUGUACUGAUUAAUGGUAAUAAUUAAAAAUUUAUAGUUAUAUAAGAUAAUACCGCGAUCAUUAAGCACAAUAAACACAAUUUUGUGUAAUUGGAAAUAAAGUGAACAGCGUCAGAUUAGCGUAGCAAAAUUUGAAGGUAGAAAUAUUGUAAAAACACGUAUUUAUACUAUUCUUAUGCUGAGAUAUAUACGAAACUAAAUAAAAAUGAAAGAAAAAAUAA